AUGUCUUUGUUUCUCAGCCGGCUCUCCCUUGGGAAAGCUUCGCUGGUGAGAAGAUCCUCUAUUCUUCUUCUCUCUAAUGGCUUCUCAUCAACUUCCUCGAUGCUAAAGCAAACCCCUCCGUGUACCAUCAUCGGGGCUGUACCUUAUGGAGUGGGUGUUUCACAAGGCGGUAAACUCGUCAUUUCCAAUGCUAACGGUGGUGGUGACUCCACUCAUUUGGAAAAGAGAGUGGAUUACGAGUUGUUAUCCAGUGCCAGAUCCACCUUCUCAUCGGUAGUGAUUGGUUUAUCUCACGGCUGGGUAGCUACUUUGAAGGACGAUGGCGUAUUUCGUCUCCAAGACGACCUAAACCCAUAUGCAUCCUAUACACACCCGAAACGCAUCCCUCUGCCUCCUUUAUUCCCUCUGCCUCGCUGCCAAGCGCAAUUCGUCACCAACGUGGCCAUGUCCUCAUCUUCUCCAGAGGAUCGAGACUGUGUCGUGGCUGUCAAGUUCUUGGGACCUCAGCUCAGCUUUUGCAGACCAGCUCGGAAAACCCCCAAGUGGGUCAACGUGAGAAUCAAAAGCCAUUGCUUCUACUCCUCCCGAGUCAUGUUCUCCAAGAAAGACAACGUGUUUCGCAUUCCCUGUUCCGGAGGCCACCUCAUCGAGUCAUGGGAUCUAGACCCCGACAGUCCCAGUCCCAGCCUUGAGAAGCUGCGGUUUCGAAACGUUCCCAAGGUGACCAAGGCCAGACGCGAGCUUCUUGAUUCUUGCAGCGCGAGCCAGCUCUUGGUGGAGUCGGAACCCACAGGGGAAACCUUCUUGGUUAAGCGGUACAGGAAGACCGAACGUGUCAAGGAUGGUAUGGCGAAAAUGCGGACGAGAGCUCUGAUGGUGUUCAGGCUUGACGGAGAAGGCAACGCUGUGUACACUCAAGACAUUGGGGAUCUCGUCAUGUUCAUCUCGAAGUCCGAGCCUUUCUGUGUCCUUGCUAGCUCCUUUCCAGGACUGGCGUCCAACUAUGUCCAUAUCUUGGAUUCCGACGAAGUGGGAUUUGUCCAUCUCCCUGAUUCCUUUCUCUAUACUGUUAUUGCAACUUUCGGGGGUCCUUUCUUCAUUUCACCUCAAGACAUACUAGAUUGA